UUCGCGGUUGCCCUGAGGGACUGUGGCGGGCCGCUCAGGGCGGGGGCUCGGAGCGCCACAGAUGGCUGCUGGACGAGGGAUGCCCAGCUCCGCUCUGCGCGUUCUGGAAGAAGCUCUGGGCAUGGGUUUGACGGCAGCGGGGGACGCGGCGGACGCGGUGGCCGCCGAGGGCGCCUACUACCUGGAACAGGUCACCGUAACUGAAACAUCUGAAGAGGAUUAUGAAUAUGAAGAGAUACCAGAUGACAAUUUUAGCAUUCCAGAAGGCGAAGAAGAUCUGGCAAAAGCAAUUCAGAUGGCCCAAGAACAAGUUACAGAUACUCAAAUUUUGGAACAGAAGACAGUUUUUCCUUCAAAGCAUAUAGUACCCGAAGUAAUAGAAGACUUUCUCUGCAAUUUCCUGAUCAAAAUGGGAAUGACCAGAACUCUUGAUUGCUUUCAGUCUGAAUGGUAUGAAUUAAUACAGAAGGGAGUAAAUGAACUUAGAGCUGUUGGGAAUGUUCCAGAUGUCUACACCCAGAUUAUGCUUUUAGAAAAUGAGAACAAAAAUUUAAAGAAAGACUUGAAGCACUACAAACAGGCAGCUGAUAAGGCUAGAGAAGACCUGCUGAAAACUCAGAAAGAACGUGAUUUUCAUCGAAUGCAUCACAAGCGAAUAGACCAGGAAAAGAACAAAUUAAUUAAUGACCUCAAAGGGUUGAAGUUACAUUAUGCAUCUUAUGAACCAACUAUAAGGGUGUUACAUGAGAAGCACCACACUUUACUGAAGGAGAAAAUGCUGACCUCCUUGGAAAGAGACAGAGCAAUUGGGAAGAUUAAUGAGCUUCAAGCAACAUUUAAAAACGUAGCAAUAGGAUAUAAUUACUAUGUUCCCAAAAUUAAAGGUAUUAAUAUGUGCACAAGAUGAAGAAAUUCUAAUUUAAUACUGGUUUGGUGAUUUCUCAUCCCUAUCAGUGAUUAACAUUCUAGAGAUAUUUAACAGUGAGAAGUGAUGUGUAACUAUUUCUCAAAUUAAAAUUGUAAUAUAAAGAUUAAGAGGAAAUAUAGGUAGGAUACUAUAUGAUUAAUUUUAGAGAAAAAUGAGUCAACCACAAUGGAAUGACUUAUGCUUCUGGCCAUAAUGGAGUACCUGGUACCAGACUAGUCUUCUCUCUAUAAAUAACUCUAAAACUAAACUCUACAGAUAAGGCAGCUAUUUUUAGGCAUUAGAAAACAGACAAUACAAGUCACAGAAGGCAAAUGAGAGAAGGAAAAUUUACAAGAUGAGCUCUAACAUCACAAUGGCUUUGUGGCUAGGCAAUUUCCAAACCAAGCUUCAUGGAAAUGGAUGCUAAGAAGAGCACGGCAGUCCUGAUGAAUUGAAAUGGCAGAGACUAUAGUUGACAGCUUUUGAAGCAACUAAAAUCUGUAGGAAAAGUCACCAGAGAAGAGGGAGGUGUAAUGAGGAACAGCCCAGUUUGUGAGGGAAUUUACUGAGUUCUUAGCUGAUGUCUGUGCUACACAUGCAUGAUUACCUGAGACUUACAAGAGGAUUAAAAUUCUGGAGGACUAAGAGGAGACCAGAGAUUCUAGAAGUCAAGCAGUGAUGGGAGACAUUGCAGAUCGCUUCCUGGGUGGAAGGACCUCUUUCAUACCUUAUUAACAACAAAUUAAUGGUCAGCAUCCUGUACCCACCUUAUUAGGCAGAAACAAAGCUUACACAGGAUUCUUAAGGGAGACAAGAGUUUGGAGUUUGAGUCUGCCAAGUUAGAGGGCCUUGGGAAACAGAGCUUUUCAUGGAUCCAUCUUAACAAAGCAUAAAAUUAAACCUAGACUUUUAAGAUGAUCAGCCAAAAACUGAACUGCCUUUUAGAACAAAAAUUAAUAUUCUUUAGAGGAAGACAAUCAUCCAGAGUCUUUACAAUCUGUCAUCUACACUACGAAGUAUAUAAUUAAAAUUUUCUAGAUAUGUAUAGGAACAGAAAAAUGUGACCCUCAAUCAAGACAACAAACAAUAAGUAGAAACCUACCUUGAGAUGGCUGAGGUGUUGGAUUCAGCAAAUAAAAAAAUGCUAAAACAGCUAGUUUAAUAUGUUCAAGGACUUAGGGGAAAAUACGAUAGUAAACGAACAGAUAGGGAAUCUCAGGAGAGAAAUGAAAAACUGCACACAAACACCCCUCACCCCCGCCAAAGGAAAUUGAAGUUCUAGAACUGAAAAAUAGAAUAAAUGAAAUGAAAAAUUUAUUGAAUAUACUUCACAAGAAAUUAGAGAUGACAAAAGUGUCAGUAAAUUGAAGAGACAUGAAUAGAAAUUUUUCAAAAGAAGAUAUAAGAAUGGCUAACAAACAUAUGAAAAAAUGCUCAACAUCC